AUGCCGCAUGUCGAGAUUCCACUGAUUGACAUCUCGGGCUACAUAAAGGGUGACAAAGAGCAAACUGCCCGUAUAGCAGCAGAACUUCACUCCGCUUGCCAAAACCCGGGUUUCUUCCAAAUCACCGGCCACACGGUGCCCGCAGAGCUCCGCGCCCUACUACUGGCCAAGCUCGCCGAGUUCUAUAGGCUGCCUACCUCGCAGAAAAACGCUCUUCACCGCAGUCAGUCAAAAUGUCUUCGGGGAUAUGAGAUGCUCGGUGAACAGAGGCUGGAAAUAGCCUUUGCCGACCAAAAGGAAGGGUUCAUGAUUGGGCCGGACUUCCCUGCGGACGCGGGCUUCCUGCAAGGCCCGAAUCAAUGGCCGGAGGAAGAGGCUAUCCCAGGGUUUCGGGAAGUCUUCACGACGUAUUUUGAGGAGGUGCUGGCGCUGAGCAAGACUAUGUUCAGGCUGAUGGCACUAAGUUUGAGCUUGGACGAGCAUUUCUUUGACGCGUUCGUUGGGAGCAGGGACUCAAUUUCCAUGUGCAGGGCGCAUCGAUACCCUCCUACCACACUCGAGAUGGCCCACAAGUCAAGAGGCAUCGGCGCACAUACGGAUUUUGGUGCACUCACGUUGCUUAUGCAGGAUGACAUUGGCGGCCUCGAAGUUUUCCACAAGCCCAGUCAAACAUGGCACAGCGUGCAGCCAACCAAAAAUGCUUUCGUCGUCAACAUUGGCGACAUGAUGGAGCGCUGGACAAACAAAAUGUACACGUCAACGCUACAUCGCGUAAUUUCGCCCAUCUCCAGCAAAGAUCGAUACUCUGUUGCCUUUUUCAAUGAAGGUCUACUGGAACAAACCAUUGAAUGUAUUCCAACGUGUCUGAAGCCUGGAGAAAAGCCUUUUUUCGAGCCCAUAACAGCUGAAGCGCAUCUGCGAUCGCGGUACAAGAGAAGCUACUGA